UCCGGCUCUCGCCAGGAACGCCGCCCUCAUAACCCUCACCACGCGACCAUGUAAAAAUCGUCCACGACCAUGCAUUAACGGUGCGACAAGGAGUCACAGGUCUCUGACCAUGUCCACCCUCAUCCAAGACUCCAUCGCCGGUCACGCCCUCCGCCUCCUCUCGCGAGGCCGCCUGUUCCGGUAUGCCGAGGAGAAGGACCCUUCGCUAUGGCGACGAUUCGUCAACCUCGACAAGUCCGGGCGAAUGGCCGAGACGGGCCACCCUGGACCUGAACCUGAGCCUGACGCCGACUCCGGGUCCAUGACCCAAGUGCCCUCCUCCAGGUCGCAGCGCCGGCCCCCCAUCACCCAAUACCCCUCGCAGGCGUGGUCGAGCAACGGGCAGCGAUACCAAGGCAUGACCGGGGCCACGAUCAACCCGGAGAAGGGCCGCGACGUCAACGUCGUCGAUUGGUGGGACGAGAAUGACCGAGAAAACCCCCAAAACUGGCCCCUCUGGAAGAAAACCGUCGUCACCUCCGAGAUCUGUCUCCUCACAUUCAGCGUCUACAUCGGCAGCGCCAUCUUCAGCGCGGGCAUCCCCGACGUCAUGCAGAAAUUCCACAUCAGCCAAGUCGCUGCCACCCUUGGCUUGACGCUCUUUGUCGCCGGCUACGGCUGCGGGCCGCUGCUCUGGUCGCCCAUGAGUGAGGUGCCCCAGAUCGGUCGCAACCCUGUCUACAUCGCGACGCUGGCUGUCUUCGUGGCCCUGCAGGUUCCCACUGCGCUGGCCGGCAAUCUGGGCACGCUCCUCGCCUUUCGCUUUUUGACUGGCUUUUUUGGUUCUCCGGCUUUGGCCACGGGCGGCGCCACCAUCUCCGACAUGUACCGACCGUCCAAACGCGCCUACGGCAUCGGCAUCUGGGGCAUGAGCGCGGUGUGCGGCCCCGUGCUGGGCCCAUUAGUCGGGGGGUUUGCCGCCCAAGCCAAAGGCUGGCGGUGGACGAUCUGGGAACUGAUGUGGCUAUCGGGCUUCACGCUCGUCGUCCUCACGAUCUUCCUCCCCGAGACCUCCUCAACCAACAUCCUGUACCGCCGCGCGCGCCGUCUCCGCCGCCUCACCCACCGCCACAACCUCCGCUCAGAACCCGAGAUCGAAAUCGCGGGCCUCACAGCCCGCGAACUCGCCAUGAUCACGCUCGUCCGCCCCUUCACCCUCAACUUCCUCGAGCCCAUGGUCUUUCUCCUGAACCUCUACAUCGCCCUAAUCUACGGCCUGCUAUACGUCUGGUUCGAAUCCUUCGCCAUCGUCUUCGGCGAAAUCUACCACUUCAACCUCGGCCAGAUCGGCCUCGCCUACAUCGGCAUCCUCACCGGCGUCAUCAUCACCAUCCCCCCUUACUACUGGUGGAUGCACCGCUACCUGGAACCCAAAUUCGACCCCGUCACCGGCGCCCUUCCCCCCGAGGCGCGUCUCCCCCCCGCCAUCAUCGGCGGGCUCUUCAUCCCCGUCUGUCUCUUCUGGUUCGGCUGGAGCGCAAGGCCAGAUAUCCACUGGAUCAUGCCCAUCGUCGGCAGCGGGUUCUUUGCCGUCGGUGCGUUCCUGCUCUUUAACCCCGUGCUGAAUUAUCUCUCCGAUGCGUAUCCCGUCUAUGCGGCGUCGGUGUUGGCCGGGAAUGAUCUGUUUAGGAGCUCGUUUGGGGCGGGGUUUCCGCUUUUUGCUACCGCUAUGUAUAGAAAUUUGGGGGUCGAUUGGGCGAGUUCCACGUUGGCGUUUUUGGCGGUGGCGUUUGUUCCGAUUCCGGUCGUGUUGAUGAAGUAUGGGGAGACACUGCGGAAGAAGCAUAGUCGGUUUGCGAGGAAGGAUAUAUAGAUAGAUAGUCUUGUCUUGUCUUGUCUUGUUGUU